CUGAGCACGUGAUUUGACCUUGCAACUGGCUUGAAUCCUUACCGGCGUUAUGUGUUUAAGGUCACAUUAUAUACCUAGUUUGCCUCUUUAAUGACCAAAAAGGUCAACGUUAAUUUCGAAGAGAAUUUGUCUUCUCUCUUAUCUUAUGACUGUAAUGUUAAUGAACCUGGAAGAGUGGCUUUUGUCUCUGGCAUCAAAGAAAAUAACAAAAUUUGUUACGGAGAGUACACGGAAGUCAUCAAAUCUUUAAAAGAGGUUGUUGAUAAAUGUUUGUUCACUUGGGAGACUUUCCCUGUACAACUUCCUAAAUCAUUCUUGUCUCUAGCAGCUUACGAAGAUUUAAAUAUAUCGGACCUCUUCUAUGAUAACAAGGUUGAAAAGUGUGAGGCGGCUGCCAGAGUAUGUUUUCGAGAUCUAAAUGUCGUAAAUAAAAGUCAACGACAGGAAAUCCAUACAGACGCACAGUUCGUUGUGCCUUGCACAACAUUCACGGGUGAAGUACAUGCAUGGAAAAUCUCUCCUUGGCUUCUGAAAGGAACUCGAAAUAUUUACAAACAUUUUAAUAGAGAUUUAUAUAAAGCUUUGUCUGUAGUGGUGGUAACUUCUAUGAAUUUCAUUGAAAGUCCGAAUUUCUCCAUCUCUCGAUCAUUGGUUGAUUUAUGCAUCUCCGUCUACUCUAUGCUAGAUAUCUUUUUUGGUUGGCCUCGAGUCAAUAAUGGUGAUGUAGAUCUCAAGCUGCUUGAGGAACGACUUGGGUUUCUGAUAUGUGAGCUGUCCGUUAAAUCUAGUCAAAAGAAAAAAGUACUAGACUUUUGGAGUAUCUGCGAACAUCUAAGUAAAUUACCUUUUGGAAAGUGUGAGGAAAUUCCAGAAAACAUUCCGUUACCGUAUCGAUUUUUAACACCAAAUCGUGUCUCAGUUGAUCUUCGUCUUCAUGAUCCCGUUCUGCUUGAACGCUGUUUACAUGUGAUUGAAGAUUUGGAGAAUUCAGUGCGAGGAGAUUGGUUCCAAGAUUUUAAAGAAUAUUCUGUCUCACAGUUUAGAGAUGAAAAGAAAUCAGUAUCUGAAGUUAAAAGGAGCUAUUAUAACUUUCAAAGAUUGAAUAAUCACAAUGUAUUUGAUUGAGAUAUAGCAUCAGAUCAUCACUUGCUGGUCGCCAAGAUGAAAUUGAAACUCAAGAAGCACUGGACAACGGGGCGGACAAUAUCACAAAAGUUCAAUACGGCCUUUCUUCAGGAUACUAACAAACUCAACAAAUUCAAGAUAGACCUCAGCAACAAGUUCCAGGCCUUUCAUGAUCUACUCAAUGGAGAAGGAACUACUAUGGAGAGCAACUGGAAGGGGAUCAAAGAGGCAAUCACUUCAACAUGUCAUGAGGUCCUGGGUCACAAGAAGCACCAUCACAAGGAAUGGACCACUGUUGAUACACUGGAUAAGAUUCAAGAAAGAAGGAACAAGAAGGCAGCAAUCAAUACCAGCCGAACAAGAGCAGAAAAAGCCAAGGCACAAGCUGAAUACACAGAAGUAAACAAACAAAUGAAGAGGAGCAUCAGAACCGACAAACGUAAAUAUGUGGAAGAUUUAGCAAUGACGGCGGAAAAGGCUGCAAGAGAAGGAAACAUGAGACAAUUGUAUGACACGACAAAGAAACUCUCUGGGAAUCGCCGCAAACCAGAACGACCAGUGAAAAGCAAAGAAGGCAAGGUAAUCACCAACAUUGAAGAGCAACAAAACAGGUGGGUAGAACACUUCAAAGAACUCUUGAAUCGACCAGCACCACUGAACCCACUCAACAUCGAAGCAGCACCCACGGACCUCCCAAUCAAUGUUGGCCCACCAACAAUUGAAGAAAUCAGCAUGACCAUCAGACAAAACAAGAGUGGCAAAGCAGCAGGACCAGACAACAUUCCAGAAGAGGCACUGAAAGCAGACGUAGCGGCAACUGCAAGGAUACUCCACAUUCUCUUCAGCAGGAUUUGGGAUGAGGAACAAGUUUCAAAAGACUGGAAAGAAGGACUUCUGAUCAAAAUACUGAAGAAAGGUGAUCUCAGCAAGUGUGAUGACUACUGAUACAUCACUCUUCUCUCAAUACCGGGAAAAUUCUUCAACAGGGUAUUGUUAAACAGGAUGAAGGACUGCGUAGACGCCCAACUUCGUGACUAACAGGCAGGAUUCCGUAAGGAUAGAUCAAGUACAGACCAAAUCGCAACUCUACGGACCAUUGUGGAACAAUCAAUUGAAUGGAAUUCAUCACUCUACAUCAACUUCAUCGACUACGUAAAAGCAUUUGAUAGCGUGGACAGAACAACACUAUGGAAGCUUCUUCGACACUACGGCGUGCCUGAGAAAAUAGUCACUAUCAUACAGAAUUCCUAUGAUGGAUUACACUGCAAAAUCGUGCAUGGAGGACAAUUGACAAAGUCGUUCGAAAUAAAGACCGUUGUCAGGCAAGGUUGCUUUCUCUCACCCUUUCUCUUUCUCCUGGUGAUCGACUGGAUCAUGAAGACAUCAACAUCAGAAGGGAAACACGGGAUACAAUGGAAAUCUAGGAUGCAGUUGGACGAUCUAGACUUCGCAGAUGAUCUGGCCCUUCUAUCCCAAACGCAACAACAAAUGCAGGAGAAGACGACCAGUGUAGCAGCAGCCUCAGCAGCAAAAGGUCUCAAUAUACACAAAGGGAAGAGCAAGGUUCUCCGAUACAACACAGCAUGCAACAAUCGAAUCACACUUGACGGAAAGAUUUGGGAGAUGUAAAGGUCUUUACAUAUCUGGGCAGCAUUACUGAUGAACACGGUGGAUCCGAUGCAGACGUGAAGGCGCGGAUCGGUAAAGCGAGAGCAGUAUAUUUACAACUGAGGAACAUCUGGAACUCAAAGCAACUGUCAACCAACACCAAGGUCAGGAUUUUCAAUACAAAUGUCAAGACAGUUCUACUGUAUGGGGCAGAAACCUGGAGAACAACGAAAGCCAUCAUGCAAAAAAUACGAGUGUUUAUUAACAGCUGUCUACGCAAAAUACUUCGGAUCCAUUGGCCGGACACUAUUAGCAACAAGGUACUGUGGGAGAGAACAAACCAGAUCCCAGCGGAGGAAGAAAUCAGGAAGAAGCGCUGGAAGUGGAUAGGACACACAUUGAGGAAAGCACCCAACUGCGUCACAAGACAAGCCCUCACAUGUAAUCCUCAAGGCCAACGGAGGAGAGAAAGACCAGAGAACACAUUACGCCGAGAAAUGGAGAUAGACAUGAGAGAAAUGAACAAGAAUUGAAUAGAACUAGAAAAGAAGGCCCAGGACAGAGUGGGUUGGAGAAUGCUGGCCGGUGGCCUAUGCUCCACUAAGAGUAACAGGCGUAAGUAAGUAAGUAAGUAAUUUGAUUGAAAUCAUGAACCGAUAGAUGUUAGACCACCAUUGGAAACCUGGAAGCACUGGACGGCCGUUUCGUCCCAUUGUGGGAUUCCGCAGCAGUGCGUAUUCACUAUCCCGCUCGCGGGAUUCGAUCUUAGGGUCUUCACUCUCGCGCGCGAACGCUUGACCUACUGGACCACUGAACCGGCAUCUAAUGGUGUUAGUGUUCAACAUCAACCAAUCCACGAAAUUGCGCGACCAUCUUCCAUUGUACUGAGGUAGAUACCCGUCUCUACCCGACACAGAUUAGCUCCACUGGUCACGGCUUCUCACUAGAACUCCGAGAAUUUCCUCACGAAGCUAUUCACUAGUGAGCACAUGUUAAUUAUCAGUAUAGAGGUUGUGGAGAUCAUUAAGUUUUUAAUUGAGAUCAUGAACCGAUUGAUGUUAGACCACCGUUCGAAAUCCCUAUACUGACAAUCACAAUGUACUUCGUCUCCUGCCUUAUUAUGCAUUUAAGGUUCCAAUAUACCACAGUCUUAGUAAUUUGAAGAGUUGACUGUCAAUCAUUCUGAGAAUAAUUGGGAAUUUAUGGUGUAAUUAGUGUUUACAGAGGAGAAGAUCGCACUUCGGGUUCAUGUCAUAAGAGCAAGAUGUUCGUUAUGUUAGUUUGGAGCAAUAAUUUAUUUUUACUCUAAAAGUGAACCGAAAUCGUACAGAUACCAUAAUUAUUUGCUUUUUCGUAGUUUCUAGUAGUUUAUUUAGUCUAUAGUGCAAAAUAUCUCUCUCCGUCUUAUGGUCAGAUCCUGAUUUAGAGUUGUAUUUAGUAUUGUAUUUGUGGAAAAUUAAAUUUUAUUAAUUUGAUUAAGGAUGACGUAGAUUUUAUCAGCCCUAAUUUGACGGAAAUCUUUUGUCUGCUCACAUUUAUUCAACCUCGAAAAUUUAUGUUCAGAGAUUAUUCAUUAGGAAUCUGAUAUGCUUAAUGUUGGAUAGUAGAUACAUAUGUCAAUAUUACUACAUUUAUAAAGAAUUUUCAUCCAUUGAAUUCUACCAUUUCAUUCUACCAAAUGUACCUAUGAGUUUAUAUUUGCCAACCCAAAUUGGUAUAACUUUACACUGCACUGUAAAUGAUACUCGAACCCGGGUGUACUGAUGAUUUUUCAAUAUCACCCGUUCUAUUGUUGCCUGAGAUCUGUAUGGAACUGAUGUCAAUUCAUUUACAUGUCUCCUUUCAUCUAUUUUGUUCCAAUUAGCUAGUUACGAUCGUUUUCUUUAAUCAAUAUUCCUAUUUCUGCUGGGAAUGUAACUAAAAUUCUUGUUGUUGGUUACUAUUUUUAGUUAUUUAAGGCAUAUCAAAAUUUCUAAUUUGUUUGCUGUUGUGUUCUGUUAAUAAUUCCAUUGUUUUUCUUUUUCGUAUUUCUUUUCUGUCUUUCAGUUAGUUUUACUGGAUGGUAUGAAACAGUAUGCAAUACGACUAUUUGAUGCCAUUCGUCAAAGUGAAGCGUUGCAUGAAAUUAGUCCAGGGAUAGCUGAACCAUUAAUUCAAGAAGCGAAAUUCAAGUUAAUUGUGACAGAAGCUAAAGAACUAUUUAUGCAAAAUUGGCUGUCAUACUGUCAGUCGUAUGAACGAAACUUAAAAUUAAACAAUCCUGUUUUAUUUAAUAUUCCUAAAUGGCGUUCAAAACAGUGGUAUUAUGCAAAGGCGGAAUACCUUCAGGAGCAUAAGUUGGACAUUCAUGAAUACGUUUUAUCGAAAUGCAUUUCAAAUGGUUUAGAAUCUUAUGCUUUUUUAAUUGGCCGUGAUUUAGCAUUUUUAAAAGAUCGUGAAUGUUUCCUACGCGAUCAAAUAUUUAAAAGCGCCAGAUUUCCAGAUGAAGAGUUCAUUUUUCAAGUUUCACGACGCUGUCUUCGUAAUGUUUAUGUGUAUCGUGAGGACUUUAGCUUAUCAAGUCGUUAUCAACUUGUAGAUACAAUAUUGGUCAGCUAUGAUUCUGAUAAAGAUUCUCCUGAUAAACUACCUACAAUUAAGCAACAUAUCAAAAGAAACAAAACUCAGAAUUGUACAACUGAAGUUAUUCCUUUGAUGUACCGAUUUCCGCGCAGUUCUUUUGCUAUGAAUACGUCCAAGACCAAUAAAGGUGAUAAUUUCCCGUCUCAUGGUGACUUCUUUACUGAUAACAUUGUAGCAUCAAAUACAGACUUUUCAAAUAUUUUAAAUUCACCUGAUCAUCGUUACCGAGACCCGUUACUCCCACCCAAGAGCAGUACUGACCAUGUGAAUUAUUCGCAAUCAAAUUUUGUCAUGCAAUCUACAUUAGUGUUAAAAGCUUCGACACGUCAUUUUAUGUGGCGUUGGCUUGUUUUCUUUCUAUGCACUUAUUCAUGGCUCAUCCGUUCAUCGCAAUACUUUUUUGUCAUUAUCCCUUUCCAAUCAUGUGUCAGUUACGUGGUAUUGUUCAAGCCGACGUCAAUCUAUUACAUGUACAAAGUAGAUAAAAAUUCAGGUUAUGUAUAUCAUGACAAAGCAUAUUAUAAUCAUACUUUAAUCAGCUUUCUUCGUCAAAUGUGGACUACACUACGUAAAAAUAGGCAAAAUUUUGACCAUCAAUUGUUAUCAACUGGGAUUUUUCGAUGGUAUAUAAUACGACCAAUUCAUUGGAUCUGGACGUAUAUAAUUUGUGGUGUCUUGACAACCAUGGUUCUAAUAAUAUUUUGGCCUACACUAUGUAUUUUAUGCUCUACCACUUCAAUAGUAGUCGGUGUGCUAUCGAUACCUGUGAUACCAUUACUAUCAUUACUUGCACAUUUACUUGGUUUACUGUUUUGGAAUGCAUACACACCGGUUCUUGGUUCUAAUCGUCUACUACCAUUAUUCGAGAUUAUUAUUUACCAAUUCUUGUUAAAAUCGAUCGUGCAAUUUUUAGUCAGUGUACUGUGUGCAUUUAUAUUAUGCCCUGUAUGGUUCAUACUUCAUCUUUUAUUCACCGUAACCAAAUAUCUACUGUAUACUUUGUGGGAUGCUUUCGUAUUUCACUUCGUGUUCAAACUAGUCACUCGUAUACCAUGUCAAGAGAAUUGUUCUGUAAAACGUUCUAAUGAUCUUAAAACUGUGCGAAGCAUUUGCUUACUGGCUCGACCUGAAGACAUUUUGAUUAUACUUAAUGUGCAAUUAGAAUAUUUGGAACUGAAUUUAUGGAAAAGCCAAAUGGAAUCUAUGGCUAAGAAGCCUAUCACUGUGUACAAGUAAGCGUAAUCUAUAAAUUAUUAAUAAUAACAUGUUAGAAUUAACAAAUUUUUGUCAAGCACUUUCAAUAUUGAGUUUUAAAAGUGCUAUAUCUUUCCAUUUCUUAAUGAAUGUUGUAAGUUUUUUUCAGUUAGAUUAGCUAUUUCAUGUACUAGGAGUCCAACUAAAGAACAAUUUAUUCUGUAUGAACAAUGGAUUUUCUUUCAAUACUAACAUGACUUUAGAUUAUUUUAUAUCCAAAAUGUUUUAGUUUACUCUUGGAGGUGGUAUAAUUUGUCUUUUACCAAGCCGAGUUAGGUACUUUUACUCGAGGCUUCUUGAUCUUCAGAUAUUUUUAAGUCAACAUUUAUUUGAGGUAAAAAUAAAGGUGUGUUUUUAACGUAUUUCGUAAUAAAUAAGUGUUAUAAAACUUCCCAUUUACACCCACUAACUAUAUCUUCUAACGUAGUGAUCAAUCACCCAUACAAAAUUUUUUACCUGUUCUCAUUCUAUCAAUCGAAAAGCCAGAAGGAUCACGUACCCAUCUUUUAUUUUCCCUUAUUCAAAAUUUAAAAUUCAUGUGAUCUUAUGUACAUAGAAUACAAGAUCAUGAUGCACCAUAAACAGUGGAUCUCAUUAUGUACAGAACCGAGAAAUUUAUUCUACAGAACUAUGUAUAAGGUUUAUGAAUUAUUUUCUGUGAUUUAUGAAGGUACGUUGAGCAUCGGGUCGACAACCCCAUCCCGUAGAAAACAAUAUUGCCAAAAAAAUCACUAACCAGAAUAAACAAAUUAAAUCAUUUAAAAUCUGCCCUUGGAGUUAAAGGAUCUUCAUUCAGUAGAAUUAUUACGUCUCAUUGUGAAAGACGAGAUUAUCCAACACACCGAGGGAGUUACUCUGAUGCUGUCCAAGGAAGCAAAUAAACCACUUAUCGGAUGGGAAACUCAUGAACGCAGGAUCAUUACAACAUUCUUCAAAACAAAGAAGGAGGGAACCACAGUGAAUGUUAUCCAGCGUUAUGCACCCACCAAUGAUAGCAAUGAUAACGAUAAAGAUUAAUGUUACGAAAAGCUGCAGUCGAUCAUAGAGAAGUGCUCAGGAAAGGAUCUGACCAUCUUGUUGAGAGACCUAAACACUACAGUCGGAAUGGACGACACCGGGUAUGAAAAUAUCACGUGAUGACAUGGACUGACUGUGAGAAAGGAACGAUAAUGCGAUUUUUUACAAUCAUUAUCUUCUCUACCUAUAUCUGUGUUAUCGGACAACACCGUCGCCGAUACAUUAAAUACCAAAACUCGAUGUUGGCUCAACCUAAUAGAAAAGAGUUAUAAUAGGCGUGCCAAAGCUCUUGAAGUUCAAUCCAAGUCGAAAUUCUUUCGACGCAUAAAGUUAUCUGAUCGAAAUUUAAAAUUAACUCUUGAUUUAGGCUCCGAGUUAACUAAAUGUUUCUAUGAAUUGCGGAUUCUGCCUCGUAUACAUUUAUUGGAACGACGUAUUGAUGAUUGGUGGUCAGAAUUUCAACUUGAUGAAAAUGAUUUCACUGGUCUAUGCAGUUAUUUGCUAAGAAAUGCAUUCGGUGAACAGAUUUUCUGCUGUAUUACAGAAAAGAAUAUUACCAUCCCAUUACAGACUCGUGAUGCUAGUCUUGGUCACCGAUUCCGUGAAUUGAUACUUUCGAAUUUAAGCAAACAAAUUUGUGGUUCUUCAGCGCAUUCAGUACAUGGAAACGAGGUUCAGUCAGUUACUGUAGAAUCUGUUAACCAUUUGGAAGAAGAAUCCUGUGAUCUCAUUGAAUUAGAUAAUGAAGAUGAAUCUCUUUCAUUAGGAAGUGAUAGUUGCGCCUCUAAACGGGAAAGAUUAUCACAACGUUGUACAGUCAUAGCUGUUUCGAGCAAGCAGGAACAUAGUGACAAUAAUAUAAGUAAUUGUAAUAAUGUGGUUUCCAGUUCAAAUUUCCCAGUCGAUUCUCAUAAUUCAGUUACUGAAACAUCUUGUGAUCCAAAUAGUGUUUAUGUUUCGCCUAUCGUACACAGCACUGUGCAUUCAGGAGGAUACGAACCCAAUCUGAUGAAGCCUUCAAUUAUUGAUCCGAUGUCUCUUAUUCACAUUGAUUUACCAAAUUUUCCUCUAUCAGUUUUUGCACCAAGAACAGUUCGAACUCUUCCAUCUCCUCUGAAAUCUUGUUCUAGACAAAACGUCCCAUCUGUUGAGAAAAGUACUCGCAAUCAUAACACAUCAAGUCAGUGUUCUUGUAUAUCAUUAACAAAAACCUAUUUGGAGAGUGAUUUUCAUAAAUAUCUAGCUGAAACAUGGUCUGAUCAAUCGUUUGAUGAACUAAACUCCUUAGAGUCUGAUCCAUUAAUGCAGCACAAAGGAGCAAUGCAGUCUCAUUAUCAUAAGUAUUCAGCGGCUAAACGUCUGUUAUCCAGUUGGACAAUAUUGACUUCAGGCGACAAUGUUACUAAUGUGGACGAUAUUAGUACCAAUACAUGCGAUAAAGAUGAAAACCAGGAAUUACAUGAUAAAAUUCGUUCUUUGUUAAGACUUGGAAAUGAAGAAAAUCAAUGGUGUUAUUGCUGUGACCAUUUGUCUACAAGGAAUUCGGCUACCAUGUCUAAUAUUGACAAGUCUAUUUUUGCAUUUCAGAACGUUAUUCAGCAUAUGGCACGAGUUUAUCAUCCAUGUAUUAUCACACUGCUAAUGCAUUCAAGGUACGUGGUAUUCAUAUUUUUGCUUUAUGUUACACGUGUUCACUUUUAAGUUUACGUGUUGUUUGCGGAUGUAGAUUCAUAGUGAUGGAUUUUCUACAUAAGAUCUAAUGAUAUUCAAUAUUCUCUAUGGUUUAAAUCCAAAAAAAAUUCUCAGUGGUUGCCGUUUCCAGCUUACACUCCUUUUAGUUUUUGAAGAUUAGGAAACAUGACAAAAUUCAUUAAUCUUAAAUAAUGAUACUCUUUGUAGAGAUGAACUUGUAUUCUUGAAUUGUAUUGGGGCUCGUAUGAUCUGGCUGGGAGGAGUUAUUUGUUCUCUUUGUCUUUCUACUGUGAUUACUGAUUAGCUCAUUUAUAGUUCCCAGUAGGACCGGUGACCUAUUAUCUAUCGAAUGACACAUCGACCAAUGACCAUAGCCAAGACCUUAACGCACUUCAAUCGCCUAGCUCAUUCUAACUCAGUGUCCGAUCAGGAGACAAACAUAGAAAACAUAAAUUUUCUAUUGUACUUUAUUCAAUCAUAACUCAAAACUCGUAUAAUAGUAUACGCCGAACGUAUCAAAUAAGUUCUGUGACAAAUAAUGGUUAAAUUCAGCGGGACAUUUACAAAGCAAACAUUUUUCAAAGUUAACGCAAAAUUUUACUUUGCAUACGAGUUAUUCUGUAUAGUACUGACAGACAAACAAUUUGCUAUACAUUAUAAAUAAAACCUUAAUUUUAUCAGCGACUUUGUGCUUGACUAGUCUUUCAUUUAUUGUCUUUUCUUGUUCACUUUGCUUUAUAUGAAGUCUGAUUUCUAUGGUGACCGGGAUACUAUUGAAAUGUGGAUAGAUCAAAUUUAUUUACCUAUCAAUAUUUGGUAGAGAGAUCAGUUACAUCACUGCUUAGUCCGUUUCUAAUGUCAUGCUGAUCUGUAGUUUUUAAAUAAUAAACAAGUCAAAAGAGAUCGUGAAAACACUGUACUCGAUGUGAAUCAUCCAUUGAUUCACAAACUGAUCCAUCAAAUCACUAGACCAAAAGCACAAAUGAAGUUAAUUAAAAAAAUUCAUGCUCACGAAAACAUUGUCGUGAGUGAUUUAACUGGUUAUUUGGAUUCUUCAUCUCAUAAAUCUGAUGGACAGUACGGUUGUUUACGUAGAAAUGAUGGUUCCAAUAUGAAUAGUAUGUCAUUAGAUACCAUGAAUAAUGCAUCAAAUGAUAUUUUGCCUUAUUUUAAACAACCAAAACACUCUCAACAAUUUCUCAAGUCACCGAUCUCUACUAGUGGACUGAUACAUCAUCCUGAUUCAACCGCUCAUUAUAGAUGGUAUUCUAAUGUAAAUGUUAGUUUUACUAACCCUCAUUUUACUAAUAUCAGUAAUAAUGGUUGUAUUAAUAAUGUUAUGAAUCAGUCGUUGCAUUUUCAGCCAAACUGGUCAAAAAAUCACUCAUCACAUGAAGGAAUCUAUGAUUUUGCACAUUCACAACAAUAUUUUAUUCCUAUGAACGAAAUGGCUAAGAAAAGUAAUAAUAAUUAUGACAAUCAGAUCACUGUUAUUAAUGAUAAUAACUUACUAAAUGCUUAUAGCUAUCGAAAUUCAAAAUGCUUUUGGUCUGGUCUUGAGAUUCCAACGAAUAAUCAUGAGGAUAAAGAUUUUUCAGGUGGUACACCAACACCUAGUUUAUAUGGCACUGAAGAUGCAGCUACAACAGAUGAUUUAGACGAGACUGAAGAUAUCCUAUCCAUGUCAAGCAGUGUACAUCAUUCUGAAUUAGUUGAUAAUUUGCUUAAUAUAACUACACAGGAACAAGACAUUAUAAAUGACAUCAGCAAUCCAACUGCUACUCGUCCAUUGCGUUUACCUUUAGCUAUACCAGAAUUAUUAACAAUAUCAGCAACUACGGCCGGUAGUGGAGAUACUCAAAGUCAAUUGGAAAGUGAAAUUAUUGAUGAUUGUUCUUCGUUUGGUUUAACAAGUUCACGGUUGUCGAAUCCUAGACAGUCAUUAUCCUUCACUAUUGAUCCAUUGCCAUGUAUUCAGUCAGUGCAAUCAAAAUCUAUUCAACUUGAAUCACAUGAAGUACUAAAAAUCCCAGCUACAGAAUGUGCAUGUAGUCCAGUUGGUAAUUCGAAUAUGUUUUUUGAUUCCAGCCCAGCUGAAACUGUGAUUAUUAAUGGAAUGUUUGGAACUAGUAAAUCCAGCAGUCACCUCUUACUUCAAGAUCAAGACAUACAAUCAAUUGAAGAAAAUAACUCAAAUUUCAGUUCAAAUAUUUAUUACGAUAACAAUGAACAACAUGAUACAAAAGACAUCAGUCAGAUUGAAUCGGAUUCAACCGUACUGAAUGAUCAAAUUAAGAUUUUUGAAAUGGAUAAUGUUGAUGAUGAGGAAUGUGUGGAUGAUGAGCAUAACACUUUGAAAACUGUGAUCAAAUUGUUCUGAAUUGACCAGUGAUCUGGGUUUCUCGUUUUCUUACAUAUGUUCUCCUUUGAAGUGAUUUUUUAGCAUAUAUUUAUUUAUACUAUUUACGUGAAUACAACUUUCAAAGAAAUUAAUAUCCAUAUUCGUAGCCAGGACUAUGCGGCUCGAAAUUAUGAUUGUUUGUGUCAUCAUGAGUAUGUAACAGCUAACUGUUCAUUCCUACUGUUAUUAUUAUCGUUUAUAUAGUUUAUCCAAUUAGCAGUUCAACUCUUUUAUUUAGCCCAAAAUAUAGUUACUUUAUAUCCUUUACAUCUUGUUUAUUUUUCAUAUGUGCUGUUUUUCUGAACAUGAUAUAUUAUUGGGAAUCAACAUAUUUACACUUUCGUUUUUUUCCAAGAUUCCUUAUUACUGUUGUUGCCUUUUAAUACUUUCCAUUUUUGUUCUCACUACUUUCAUGUAAAUUCAGUUCUCUCUCCUUGUUCUCUUUCGCCCGUAUUUUUCGCUGUUGUGACUUCUCUUUUAUUCUUUAUAUCUCAGUCUAUGGUUUUUUGCCUCUAUGAAUGAAAUGCUUCUCUUAUUCACUCCAUUAGAAAUACUAAUAGUUGCUCUUCAUUCUAUUUUUAUUUCGUUUAAAUAGUAUUAUGUUGGUUCAAUAAGUAAAUUCCUUUAUUUCCUUGAUAACUGUCGACUUCAUAAUAUAUUUUGUUAAUAGUGAAUUAGGUUUCAGUAGCGGGGUCUUCUUUAACUUAUAUAUAUAUAUAUAUAUAUAUAUAUAUAUAUAUAUAUAUAUAUAUAUAUAUAUAUAUAUACUCUUUUAUGUUGGGUUUAUGCUAUUACAAAGUUUUUACAUCCUGUAUUCUCCUCUUAAUAUUUACUUUCGAUGAAAUUAUGCGUAUAUAAGUUAUAGCAUAACCAUGUGAUUUCUUUUAUAUUUUACUGCUGAAAAGAUUGUUGAUACUCACUCUAUAUGCUUAUUUUCACUGUAACAUUUUUCAUCCGAACCGAAAUGCGCCUUUAGGUACUUCAUCUUUUUUCGAAAAUUGUCCUCUGUUAAAAUGGAUUCUUAAACAUUAGUUUCAUUUCGUUAUUGUUGUACAAGAAUGUUAUCAUGCUCAUUUUACUAACAUUGACGGGAAACAAGUAGAAAGAUUGUUAGGAUUAUGGCGUAUUUUGAAUGCAUUUUGUAGGUUUUAACGACAUAUAAACACUACUUAUAAUAUUAAAAUUUUUUCUCCAUUCAUUUGUUUUUUUCUUUUCUGCAUUAUCGAAAGCAAUAAAAUACCUAUGCUCUUCCAAUUCCCAGUUUUCUCAUUUAACGAGGAAUUUAUAAGCGUUGAUGAACUUAUUCACCAACACAUAGAAUAUCUUCAAGUUACAAGGUUUGUAAUAAGAUUUUUGACACCUGAAGUGUUUUGUCAACUAACCAAUUAUGAUAUGAUGAGUAAUUUGCGUUUGAAACCAUUCAAUAAUGGACAUGUUUCCAAAGUGAUGUCGUAUACUAAUGUACGAUACUACAGUCAAACUAUUGGAUAUGCAAGUUUUUGAACUCUAUUCUCAUUUGCAAAUAUUUAUAGUAAAUUUGUAACUGAUGGUGUAACAGUUAUAGUGAUGCUUUAAUUAUUCGUCACAUCAUGUACCAAAAGAAAUCAAAGCUUAUUGCAUUGAGUACCGAAUGUUGAGAUAUUUAGUUUAUUUUUUAAAUUGCUUGCGAGUUCCUUACUUCCGUAAUGAAAGUACUGAAUCCUAUAUCAAUUGCUGCCUAAAUAUUUAACAUUUAGGUGUCCUAUUUUUUCGGUAAUUUUCCGCCUCAAUCUCAUUAGCUUAUAAAUGAGAAAUCAUAUUAUCACACUUAGACUACCGCUCUUAUUAUAUAUCAAUGAUAUCUUACCAAGUCUUCCGAAUGCGUUCAAUUGUAUUUUGUCUCUAAAACAUGAAUUUAUUUGACUUACUUCAGAAUAUUUUAUCAAUCUUAACUUCGAAAUCUGCUUUUAUGUAUCGUUUCUAAUGACAGAUUUAGAAUUUUAAGAAACUUUUACCACGUGAACUAUUUUUUUAAUCGUAUCUCUUGAUAACUCACCAAUACAUGAGGAUUUCACUCUGCUGGUAUGUCAUUCCAUUUGUAUCCGUGUUACCGUCUCACUUGCGCUAUAAGAUCCUUGUUCAUAAAUACUUGGAAUUUUUUUCUCAGAAACUCGUGCAAGGAGUGGAAGCUUUUAAAUUAUUCCUACAACACAAUUUUGAGACAAGGUAAUUUUAUGAUAGAUAAUUUUCAAACGCUGUCCGUUAUUUGCUUUAAUUGCGUGUUUCACUUCUCUGGUUUGACAGUAUGAGCGAAAGUGACCAUCCGUUUUGUAAGAAUAUCAAAUACCAAUGUAAUCAUUUUGUACAAGAGAACUAUUUUGUCAGACUAUGUUGCAUUCUGUCUACAC